GAACUGAGUAUGCGCACUUGAUUUGUUUCAAAAUGGCGGACGUUUCGGAAUUCAAUCUUUGCUGACUGAUGUCAUCAAUGGCAAUGUCAAGUGUCACAUGAGAAGAAAAUACAACUUGGGAUAGAAAAACAACUGCCGUUUUUAGUCGACCCGAGCUGCCAAAAUGGAGGAGGACUCCUCUGUGACAGCGACCUACUACUUCCGUGAUGUGGAGUAUGUAGUGACCAUGAACUUGGAGGGUGGGAGCACUCUCACAGUAGAAGUAGAGGACAGGCUUACAGCUGACCAGUGGAGAGGAACUUUUGAUUCUGCCUAUAUUGAAGAUCUCACACAUAAAACUGGGAAUUUUAAACAGUUUACAAUAUUUGUCAGUAUGCUGGAGUCUGCAUUAACACAGGUGUCAGACUCGGUGUCCUUAGAUCUACUGACAUACUCUGAUCUGGAGUCCCUGCGGCAGAGGAAAACUGGGGCAGGUCCCCGCCCUCAGGCUGCUGGGAAAACCACUACCCUGGGGAACAAAAGAUACCUCAUACUCACUUAUACAGUGGAAUUUGACAGGAUUCAUUACCCACUUCCAUUAACUUAUCAAGGGAAACCAGACCCAAGAAUUCUCCAAGAAAGCAUAAGGGAGAUGAGGACUGAAAUUAAAAAUCUCAAACAGCAGCAGAGUUUAUCUCCUGGAUUGAAAAACAGAGAAUAUGAAAAACUUCGAGAAGACUAUGAAGCAGUUUUAGAUGAGAACGAGAACUUAAAAGCUGAGCUGGUGGAGUACAAGAGAAGUGCUGCAAAGCAUGGUGCCCCUAAGGAAGUCAAAAUUCUUAAAACUGUGGUGAAGAAUUUAGAGGAAGAGUUGAUGAAAGAAAAGGCUAGACAUCAACGGUCAGCCAACAAGAGGAAUCAAGAAUAUAGGCAGCUUUUAGAUGAGGUAGAAGAGCUAAGGGCCUCUGAGAGAAAUUUGAAGGUUAGGGUUAAGAGCCUUACUAAUGAACUUGCCAUUUACAAAAGAUCUGCAGUUUCUAGCAGCCAACAGUCUCAAAGGGAAAGGGAAAGCAGGCGGUCCUCUUAUCUUAGAGAUAGAUCUCAUUCAAGGGAAAGAACAAGUUCUAGGGAUAGACCAUUGUCAUCAUUUAGUAGAGAUAGAUCAAGAUCCAGGGACAGGUUUUCAUCUCAGGAAAGCAGGAGGCCAUCCCUAGGAAGAACUGUGACACCACCAUCAGCUGCAGGGACACGAAAACCACGAUUUGAUCCCACUGCUUUCAUAAAAGAAAAAGAAAGAAAGAAAAAAGAAUCAGAGUUGAAGAAGAAAAGGUAUGUGCGUUCCAGUUUAUCUGGAAGCACUGAGAAAAGGCGGACUCCAGGCUAUGCACCCAGUAGCAGUGAGAAGAGAGGACCCAGACCUUCACCCAGUUAUUCUUUAACCACUUCAGAAAGGAGGAAGCUGGGACCAGCCGGGAGACAAAGAACAAGGUCAAGGACAUCAUCAGUUGGCAGUGUAGGAUCUAGGGGCUCUAGGGGUUCAAUUAGUGAUGUAGAAGAGUUGCCUAACACAUCUGGUUCAAGGUUAAGAAAUCUGAAUAGAGUUCUGAAGCCUAAUAGAACAUCUUCUUCAACUGCGUGGGAUAGUCCUAAUGUUCCUUACCAAGGGAAGACAGCCACAAGCAAGUCAAGAUUAUUGGCCAGUACCCCAGAUUCUGUAGGAACAGCACACAGGAAAAGAGUCGGCAGAGGCAAAGAAAAUUAUGCUGUGGAGGGUGCAGAUAGUGACUACUUUGAUCGAUCUGCUGAAAUGUCAGAAAUAGAUGCCAGAUUAAACAGGCUCCAACAACUUAUGAGAUCUAAUAUUCCCUCAUGAUAUUUCCCCGACUUUGGACUCCGCUCGAUAACAUUGCAUCAAGAGAAGCAUCUGAUUAUUUACCAAAAGCAUGUAUGCUAUAUGUUUUUCUAGACUCAGAUAGGAACACCAUAAAAUUAAAAAAAAA